UUGUAGGGCAUGUUUGGCUAUUUAGGAACGUUGACCAGCUGUUGAAUUCAGUCCCACUGCGUUCAGCCAUCAUGUUGCAGGCGUGCAUUAUCGGAGUCCUUAUUGGAUGUUCACAGGCAUUCCUGUUUAACCUCGGACCGACCACCUGGAAUGGUCUUAAAGUGACGUGGGACGUCAACAUCUUCAGUGCCAAUGCCUUCAGCAGCCUCCCGAGGACGGAGUCUGCCGCUAAGUCUGCUGGGUGGACCAUGAUCUCGGACUGUGGAGCUCAUUCCAGCUUCGCCGGCAAGCGUUAUGCGUUGUCCGGUGACACCGCCGUCGUGCUGUUGUACGAUGUCAACGGCUACAUAGCCGGGAUACAGGCCGGGAUCUCCUCAACGCUUCAAAAUGGAUACCCCCAUGCUCCUAUGAAGGGCCACCCAUUUGUCAUGGCCGACGGGAAACAGUUCAUCACAGCCUACUUUGUUGAUCCAAGUACAAUCUGCAGCAAGGGUAGAACCAGCAGUAUGUUUAGCUCCCAGGGUACCGGAACUGACCUCUUUAUCCAGAAUGGUACCAGUCCAUCCCAAGUGCUGAAGAUACCCAGCCAGGAGACCGGCGUGCAAAACACAAAGUGGGUCAAGGGACACUGCUUCCCUUCUAUGGGAAUGCACUAUUGGUACAACAUACGGAAAGACAUGAGUUGUGAUGACUUCUACCCCGUAUUCUUACUCUACAAUGGCGGGAAACUGAACGCUUUCGGAUGGGCUUUCAACGCUGACCUUUCUUCUUCUCGUUUUGAACAUCCACCACAAAGUGUAAUUGGGGCCUUUCUGAACCCAGUACCCGACUGUCUCAGCAAGCAAGGGCGGCUCUCAACCAUGCACAUCUAUCUUACCAGCCAACCGGAGCUCGACACGUGUUGAAUGGUAAACAACGUGCUGAUGGACAAAGGAACCACAUGGGAUGCUUGUGAUGAGAACGAUCUUAACCUUUCUUCAGGCGCACAUUGUACCCGUUCAGCAAUAAAGGUGUUUAUAUAA